AUGUCUAAAAAACCAGGGCAAAAUGUUAUCCAUAUGAAAAUCAACAGGGGUAAAAUGGUCAAAUCACUAGCAUGGGAAAAACUGAAAAGACAAAAAGGCCCUCAGUGGAAAGGAAUCCGCUUUAACAAUAAAAGGGCACAAAGAGCAGAGCCAUUUUCUUCUCCAAACAUUUUCCCCCCAAAUCUUUCCCUCCCUCCAUCUCCUCCCUCAACCCACCGUGAAAUCAACCAAGCGAGCCCACCACCGUCGACCACCAACGAGCCUGUCGCUGGUACGUCCAGCUCCAUCUCCUCCUUCCACGCCACCGAUCGCCACCCACCAAUUGCCCCACAAGCACCGCCACCAGUUGCAUCCAUCUCCAUCUCCAUCUCCAUCCACCGUAGCCGACGACCCAUCUCCGUCUCCAUCCACCGCACAACUCCAAAGAGCCCAGCCGUAAAAAAAGGAUUUGCUCAACUGGGCUUACUACCGAUGUCAUCAUUGAAGUUGGAGAGAGGACCUUCCAUCUCCAUAAGUUCCCCUUGCUGUCCAGAAGUGGAGUAUUAGAAGAUGUUAUUGGAGAGCUUUAUGACAGUUAAUAGUAUCAUGCUUGGUGGUUUCAUUUUAAUCACAACCACUAGGCCCACUACAUUUGCUUCAGGAAGAAGAUGAAAAUGAACUUGUUCAGAUUGAAGAUAACCUUCUUGAAAAUGAACUGAAGCGAGAACUUAAUCAAGGAUCAAAGGUUCAUCUACAUUUACAUCAGGAUGAAGAUGAACCAAAGCAGAAAUCUAAUCGAAUAUCAAAGCACCGUUGCAAUGGAUUGAGUUGCUAUUUUGGAAGUAUUUUGUGUUUUUUUUUUAUUUGUUAUUUUAAUGUAUAUGUUGUAAUGAUUUUAGCAUCUUUUUGUUGCUGUAUCC